AUGACAUCGUUAUUUGUUCAAGAUGAAGACGGUUUAGAAGAGCAGCAAUCAGAAUUGCUUCAUCAACAAAAUCAAGACUUUGCUAUAGAGUCGCGGUCUACGAGCUCCCAAUCACAAUCACAAUCACAAUCACACACCCCCACACAGCAAUUAGAGUCAUCGAUACCCGUUGUAUUCCAUGAUGAAGGUACUAUACCCAUAUAUCCCCAUCGCGAAGUUAACUGUUCCUUGUUGCUCAAGUAUCAGCAAGAAAUUCUUGAAGAGAUGUUGGUCAAAGAUGCUCUACUUGUCCUAGGGCGAGGUUUAGGCUGGGAGUCAAUUACGGGAAAUUUACUAUAUUCAUUAAGUUCUCCGUUUAUUCAAUUGAGUAAAACUCAGAAGAAGAAGAGUUUGAUUUUCUUGUUGAAUGCGAAGGACUCAGAAAUCAUUCGGUUGAGUGAGGAGUUGGAUGAUUUAAGCUGGAUCAAUGAUGAUAUUGGCAAUAGGUUUGUGACAGUCUCGGGUGAGUCACAAUCAUCGAAAAGAAAAUUGAUAUAUUCGGAAGGUGGAAUAAUAUCAAUCACACCACGUGUGUUGGUGGUUGAUAUCUUGUCAGGUAUAUUGGAUGUUAAUGAUAUAACAGGUUUAUUUGUUUUACACGCGGAACGAAUCAAGGAAACUUCCAAUGAUGCAUUUAUCAUCAGCUUGUUUCGUGAUAAAAAUGAGUGGGGGUUUGUUAAAGCAUUUUCGGAUGAGCCUGAAUCUUUCACUGGUUUCACUCCACUAGCGACAAAGUUGAAAAUUUUGCGUGUUGCAAACGUGAGCCUUUGGCCCCGUUUCCACGUUACAGUAACUCAGUCAUUUCAGUAUUAUACGAAAAAGAACAGUAAACGAUUUGUGACUGAAAUCAAUACUCAAAUGUCAUAUAAAAUGAACAAGAUUCAAGCAGCACUACUAUCCUGUAUUCAAGCAUGUCUUGGAGAAUUGAAGCGACACAAUCCCACAUUAGCCACUGAAUACUGGGAUAUGGAAAAUAUACAUGAUCCAAAUUUUGUUCGCGUUAUUCGAGUAUCACUAGACCCCCAAUGGCAUCGGUUGACGUAUACUACUAAGCAGUUGAUUAAUGAUCUUGUUAUAUUGCUUGAGUUGUUGGAGAGUUUAGUGGCAUUGGACUCUGUAUCGUUUUACCAGGUUGUCAAGAAUAUAGUGGACGUGAAUUUGAAACAGACUGUGGUAGGCAUGAAUAGGUCGAUGAGUCCCUGGUUGAAUCUCGAUGAAUCUCAAACUGUUAUACAAUAUGCAAAGGAGAGGGCAUUGGGAAAAUACAACGGAGAGUAUAUUUUGGAAGAAUUGCCUAAAUGGAAUCAAUUGGGAAUAUUGAUUGAUGAUAUAUUGAAUGAGAAAUCACAGAAUAAUAGUGAAAAUAGUGGCAGAGUUUUAAUUAUGUGCUCCAGCAGAAAAGUUGCUGCUCAAUUGAAUCAAGUUUUGACAACAAUGAAGGAAAAGAAGCUGGGGGCUAAUAAACAUUUUUCAUCUAGAUCAUUCAUGACAAACAGACUUCGUGACUAUCUACAGUACAAAGAGAUCAGUGCGUUAGUGAAGAAGAUUUCACACGAAUUGGAGCAUGCGGGGGAGGAAAACGAUGGCGCUUCUGAAGACACUGAAAUAGCUGUGUCCAAGACGUUCUCUCGAAACGGGCAGCCUGUUAGCAAAAGGAGACGAACUAGGGGAGCAAGUGUCGUUGCGCGUGUGCAUCAAUUGCAUACAGGGGGUAAUUUUGGUGAUAACGAAAACGAUGACGAGAAAGAAAAUGAGAAUAUAAUGGACUUGUUAGCCGAAGACAAGGACGAGGGUGUCGAGGAGAAAGAUGGCAUUGAGGAGAGUUUAUCAGGGGAUAUCGUUGCAUCUGAAGAGUUGAACUUUGAUUGGAUCAAAAGUAAUGACCAGAUAUUGGUGCAAGUGUAUAAUGACAAGCAUGAUGCAUCAUUUUUGGAAGAGCUAUCACCAUCACAUAUCAUAAUGUAUGAACCCGAUUUGUCAUUUAUUCGAAGAAUUGAAAUAUACCAAGCCAUGAAAGCUGAUAACCCGGCAAAAGUUUACUUCAUGUACUAUGGAAAUUCUGUUGAAGAGCAAAAGCACUUGUUGCGUAUUAAAAAGGAGAAGGACGCAUUCACAAGACUAAUUAGAGAGAAGGCAAACUUGAGUAAACAUUUUGAAACUGCUGAUGAUAAUGUCAAGUUUCAAACUCACAAAUCACAGGUUGUCAAUACAAGAAUUGCUGGUGGAGCUAAAUUUCGUACUGAGCAAGAUGAAAUGAGGGUUGUUGUUGAUGUUAGAGAAUUUGGGUCGUCAUUGCCCAACUUGUUGUACAAGAUUGGUAUUCAAGUUGUUCCAUGUAUGAUCACUGUGGGGGAUUACAUUGUCUCACCUCAAAUUUGUAUUGAACGGAAAUCAAUUCCUGAUUUGAUUGGAAGUUUCAAAAGUGGUCGUCUAUACAAUCAAUGUGAACAAAUGUUUAAAUAUUAUGAUUUGCCAGUUUUGUUGAUUGAAUUUGAUGAAAAUAAAUCCUUUUCUUUGGAAUCAUUUAGUGAAUCGAAAUUUAUAAAGACCAAGGCAAAUUUGAGUAAAUCAACUGCUUCAUUGGAUAACAAAUUGCGACAGAAUCUACAAUCACAAAUAUUUUCAUUACUUUAUUCGUUUCCCAAAUUGAAAAUAAUUUGGUCUUCGUCGCCUUAUGAAACAGCGCAAAUAUUUCUUGAAUUAAAGGCUAAUCAAGAUGAGCCAGAUGUUGGAAUGGCAUUGGAUAAAGGGGCAAACAGAAACUUACUUACUCAAGGAGGGGGAGCUAAUGAUGGUGGUCCGGCAAUCCUCAAUGAUGAUCCUAUCGAUUUUAUUCGAAGUGUGCCAGGAAUAAACAAUCUGAAUAUAUACAAAAUUGUGAAACGAGUGGAAAAUAUCACUGAAUUGGUUAAAUUAUCUCAAGAUGAGUUGAUUGAUAUAUUGGGAGUUGAAAACGGGCGUAAAGCGUAUAAUUUUUUCAAUAGGACUGUUUAG